UCAUCCGCGAUGCUGGAGAGAGAGAGAGCCCGGCUCCGCGCGCAACAUGUCCGCGAUCACCGCUAAUGACGCGUGCGAUGCCUGUUCCACGCCAGCGCUGCAUAUCAACACCACGGAAAUUUACUCGCAUUCUCACGUUGAUGACGACGACGAACUUCUCAAGUACAUUUGGAGGGAAUAUUUGCACCCUAAACAAUAUGAAUGGGUGCUCAUAGCUGGAUAUAUCAUGGUUUUCCUUGUAUCCCUGGUCGGAAACACACUGGUUUGUUUUGCAGUUUGGAAAAACCAUCACAUGCGCACUGUGACCAACUACUUUAUCGUGAACCUGUCCUUCGCAGACAUCCUAGUCACGAUCACAUGUCUUCCUGCAAGUCUUGUGGUGGACAUUACAGAAACCUGGUUCUUGGGACAGACCCUGUGCAAGAUACUACCGUACUUACAGACGAUCUCAGUGUCGGUGUCGGUCCUGACUCUGAGCUGCAUUGCCCAGGAUCGCUGGUACGCUAUCUGUCACCCGCUGAAGUUCAAGAGCACUGCCAAGAGAGCCCGUAAGAGCAUCGUUCUGAUCUGGCUGGUGUCCUGUGUGAUCAUGAUUCCUCAAGCUAUAGUCAUGGAGUGCAGCAGUCUUCUGCCAGAGCUGACCAACAAAACCAGUCUGUUCACCGUGUGUGACGAACACUGGGCAGAUGAAAUCUACCCUAAAGUGUACCACACCUGCUUCUUUAUCGUCACUUAUUUUGCUCCAUUAUGUUUGAUGGUCCUGGCAUACAUCCAGAUCUGUCAUAAACUCUGGUGUCAACAGAUUCCCGGGACGUCAUCGGUGCUUCAGAGGAAGUGGAAGUCUCUGCAGUGCUCCGCUCACGCCGGCGGCUCGGGGGAAGCGGUGAAGGUGAGGACCAGCGCCGUCUCAGCCGAGGUCAAACAGGUGAAAGCCAGACGGAAGACGGCCCGCAUGCUGAUGGUGGUGCUGUUUGUGUUCGCCCUCUGUUACCUGCCCAUCAGUGUCCUCAACAUCAUGAAGAGAGUUUUCGGCGCUUUCAAGAACACCAACAACAGAGAGACGGUCUACGCCUGGUUCACCUUCUCACACUGGCUGAUAUACGCCAACAGCGCCGCCAAUCCAAUCAUCUACAAUUUCCUCAGUGGUAAAUUUCGAGAGGAGUUUAAAGCGGCGUUCAUCUGCCAUUGCUCCGGCGGAGACGAGACACCGAAGGAGAGAGUCCGAGCGAGAACCAGUACAGAUAGCCGCAAAUCCCUGUCUACACAAGUCAACAACUUCGACAACAUCUCCAGGAUAUCUGACCAGGCGGUGUAGCUCGGCGGGAGUGACGGCCACCCAGGCUGAAGAACGCCGGAUGUUUCGGCCUGCGAGGCUUAUGGAUGGAGGGAUUGAAUGGACACGACAUUUUGUCUCGUGUAAGGCCACGUGAACCUUCGCUGGAAUUGAUAUUCUUACCCCGUGAGGUUAUUUUCCAGCUCACGGCUCUAAUGGACGCGCCAACAAUAAUGACGUGUCUCUGAAACACAACAACACUGCAUUUAACUCAAGACUGAAAGGUAACGAUGAAAGAAGGGAGUGUUAAAAUAAUAAUGUUUCCUAUCCAAUCUAAUGCAGAGAGAUAAUGGUGAGCAAUCUGAGUGUCCUCUGCAAACACUCGCUCCACUGAAACACUGCUCUGUUCGUUUGAGCAUCACAUGAUUCAGGUCUGAAAACAAACAUCAUUUUUGCAUGCAUAAACUGCUUCAAGGACAUUCAAACAAAAUUGAUGUAUAUUUAUUUUUUAUUCCAUGUACAGUUUGACAUAUUUAAUGUUUCUCUAAGAAUGCUGUUUUGUAUUGUUUUUACAGCUCGCUGUCUCGGUGACACUUUACAAUAAGGUUUCAUUUGUUAGUUAACUAC